GAUCGAACCGGCGACCUUCUGGUCACGAGGCUGGAUCCCUGACCUAAAUAAUUGUCAUUAACAAUUUAAUUGUCUUUUCUUAUUUAUUGUCUACAGUUAUGAAAGUGCAAACCUAAAAUUGGCAAAUUGGCUGAUUAGCCACCUAAACAUCCCCACUAGCUGUGUUUACUUAUUAGAUAACACUGGUUGUUGCUUCAGUCGAAGCAAAACACACACAAACGUCCACAGUUACACACAAUAACAUACAAGUUCUUCUUCAUGAGAGUGAAAAUAUAUGCAGGACCCUCACGCGGUCAGCCCACACGCGGUCAGCCCUCACGCGGUCAGCCCUCACGCUAAAACCGUCUGAAUUAGAGCUACACCGCUUUAUGUUUGAGCUCAGUGAACGAAUGAACCUGCUGCUGCUUUCAUUUGCGUUUAUUCCCCUCAGCCCAGCACCACCCGAUUCACAGUGUGGCCUGAUGUGACUGUGAAAUCUAAGAAGUGUGAAAAAUGAGAGCAGUCAUUUAUAAUCAGUCAGUAAAUAAUCAGUCUUCCUAAAUAACUGCAGUCUUCCUAAAGAACUGCAGUCUUCCUAAAGAACUGCAGUCUUCCUAAAUAACUGCAGUCUUCCUAAAGAACUGCAGUCUUCCUAAAUAACUGCAGUCAUCCUAAAGAACUGCAGUCAUCCUAAAGAACUGCAGUCAUCCUAAAGAACCGCAGUCAUCCUAAAGAACCGCAGUCUUCCUAAAGAACCGCAAUCCUAAAGAACCGCAGUCUUCCUAAAGAACCGCAGUCUUCCUAAAGAACCGCAGUCUUCCUAAAGAACCGCAGUCAUCCUAAAGAACCGCAGUCAUCCUAAAGAACCGCAGUCAUCCUAAAGAACCGCAGUCAUCCUAAAGAACCGCAGUCUUCCUAAAUAACCGCAGUCAUCCUAAAGAACCGCAGUCAUCCUAAAGAACCGCAAUCCUAAAGAACCGCAGUCUUCCUAAAGAACCGCAGUCUUCCUAAAGAACCGCAGUCAUCCUAAAGAACUGCAGUCUUCCUGAAGAACUGCAGUCAUCCUAAAGAACUGCGAUGAAGCACUGAUGUAAUGAUUGUGAAAGGCCCCGGUGAGCGCGUACUCGGUAGGACCGCUCGAUGGGUUGGAGAAAUGGUUGGAAUCCUCCAGAUCUUCAGUCCGUUAUAAUGAGAAACGUAUUUCCUCUGUUAAUAGAGACGUGGCUGUAAAACUUUCCUGGAUUACUGGCUUGUUCCGUGUAGUUCUCAUGUGCUGUGCGUGAAGUAAUGUGAAGUCACUGUUGGCAGUUUUCUCAGAAAUAUGGGCUUUUAAAGAAAGAUGCAGCUUCCAUUGACUGUAGAUCUACAGCCAGUUUCAGAAUCUAAGUACUGCAGUGAAACCACCGGCAUCCUCACUGCAGUGCAUUAAAAUUAAAGAAUAAUUUCAGCUUUAAAUUAAAAUUGUGAGAUUGUGUGUGUUCAGUUCCCUUUGGGGUCUAUCACAAGAUAAUAGCGCAUUGGAGAAAUGCUGUGCCAUGAUAUUGAUGUAUUACACUUUCUAAAACACGCCCACCCACCCUUCUAAGCCGCUUCUCCUGCUGGGUUGUGGGGGGUGCUGGGCCUGUCCCAGCGGUUGUCGGGCAGAAAGCAGGAUAUACCCUGGACAGGUCACCAGUCCAUGGCAGGCAGGUAGACAGACAGGCAGGUAGACAGGCAGGACAUUUUGAUGAUCUAAGCUCUGUGGACGUACUGGGAGCUUCCUGCACUGUAUCUUCCUUUAGAAGCAGAUAUUUCACCAAAACUGUUUCAGAAACUCUGAACACUGAGGAGCAGCUGAGAAGUGUUUAUUAGGCGAGACGUCGCGCUGUUUCUGUAAUGUUACGCUCGUUUUGUCCCAAGCUUCACAGAUGUUUUACAGAACCCAGUAAUCCCGGAAAUCAAGACUGGAAGAGUAUGAAGUCUCAUAUGCAGAAUGAGCAGAAAAUUGGGGAUGUAAUGUAAUUAAUUUCCUCAAUUUGGUCAAAUUUUCUAUGCAGAACAAAUUAGUGGAAGGAAAAUGUGCUCAGUUACUGUUAAUAUUUCCAUUUUCAGUUCAUUAAAGCUUUCAGGAUUAUAAAAUGUAUUUGCAGUAUUUUUUUAAAGUUUGUACUUGAAUGAAAUUUGGUUUAUAGUGUCCGAGUCUGUUGCUGUAGCACACGCUGAUUUAAACACACACGAACAAGCUAAUCCAGGCCAACAACACGCUGCAAUGUGUCGUAUGUUUUUACAUCCCUGCUUUUAUAGCUAUGUGUUGUGGCUGAUUGCAGAUGUGCCAAAUUGACAGAUUAGAUAAACAGUGCCAGUUCCAGUGCGGUCAGGACGCAGAAACGCUCCCAGGCACUUCAGCAGCAGUCGUCAGUGACGUUUCCCCUUCCACAAGCAUCCCUCCUCUUGUGGAGGGUCAGGUACGAUGCUUCUUAAGGGUCACAGUAAGCAGAGUGCUGUGGACAAUAAGCAAGCCUCCCCCGCUGACCCUGGUCCGCUUGCGAUGGUGGGGCGAGUCGACCGGUGGGACGCUCUUCUGUCCCAGAGACGGGGCCCACGCUCGACAGAAAGAUGUGAAGUCCACAAGCCGCUUUCCAGUCCGAUGUGGACCCAAGCAGUUCACCUCGUAUUUGACAGAUAUGGGCUCCUUGGUGUUGGAUGUUCUUACCAAGCCUGAUCACUUACCUGUAGCACGGGUUCAGAUAGCUGGGAUUGCUGGACUGUCGCUUUCACAUUCCAUCAAUGGGUUUUUUACCCUUGUUUCACCAACAUCUGAAAAACUCGGGGAGCUUCAGGUCACGCUGGCCCUCGAGCCACUGACAGAAACUUAUGACAGCAGCAGCUCGGUGCCAACCACAGAUAUGAGCAUUGACGCCGCAUUGUCUGCUCCUGGACUAAUAUCUGACCAAAACAUGCAGGUGCCUCCAUUGUCCCACUAUGGACAAAGCAAAAGUGGGAAAGAGUCAGUUGGAGGCAGUUCCAACAGCACACCGAGAGGGAAGGACCACCUGUACUUUCAAGAAAGGGGAAACCUCCCCGUCAGAAGGCGGUCACCCCCGAGGCCAGAUGAUAUUAUGCUGCACCAAAAACCAUCGUUUGGUGGAUCUCGUGCUGGAGCAGGAGCUGCCGGUACCGCAGGUGUGCAGGAGAAAAGUGAACCAGAUGCCCACAAAGCCUCAGGAGACAAUCGGGCAUCUGUUGAUCUUCUCUCUGUUCUUCUUGAGCGUGGUAGCAGGCUUAGAAAUGCCAUGGUGGUUUCGGCGCUGAAGUCCGACAUGGAUCCCGACAUUCUGAAAGAUUCUGCUUUGCCUCUGCCAAGAGACAACAUUGGUGCUGCUCCUUUACUGCCACUACUGCCCUCAUCAGGGCAUUUGCUACAGAACAUCCUCCACCCAGACCUCCAGCACUCAUCUCAGGACCCUGAUCUCCUUAGGCCAGAGUAUAAUGCAGAUACUCAUGAUGCAGCUGUGGAUCUGCUGCUGGGAAGCGUAAAUGGUUCUGUGCUUCCCGUAUGGGAUGGAGAUGGUUCCCCGCCAGGCUCUCUCUCGGGUUGCAGCAGUGUGCUCCUGGAUAGUGAACUUGGUGAUCCACAGUAUGACCAGAGCCUUCUGGAGAACUUGUUUUACAAAACACCAAAGUCUGACAGCUGUUUGGGUGCAAGAGAAGAUGAUUAUGAGAGGAAACCAAGCUCGGAAAAAAAUAACAGUUCAGAUGCUGGGCAGCAUGGGGGACCUAAAGAUGUGUUCCCUGGACUCAGCGUCGAUAGGAUUGCACUUCUUGGAAGCAUCCGCUUGGCCAGAGUUAUCAUCCUUCAGUUAACAGUGCCCACAGACUGUAACAUACCAAGGAAGCUCUCAGGGAAAGGAAGACCACCUCGACCUCUUACUACCAAGAAAUGCUCAUAUUUUGUGGAAUAUCUCUUUCCACUACCACUUACUACUAAUGAAGCGGGGAUGGCAGCGCCUGCGGAGGUCACACGAGUUGUCUCCAGUAAAGCUGUGGAAGGAGUGGUGCACUUUCAGCAGCGGAGUGUCUUUCCAGUGCACUUCAGUGGGCCCACUAUUAAACGAUGGUGGGACACAAGUCUCACAUUCAAAGUGUACUGCAGGAAAAGCUAUCAAAAGAAACCUGUUCCCAUAGGAAUAGCCAUGUUCCCCUUACGCACUUUACUUGAGAGUGACCGGCUGACUAUCACCACUGCUCUUCCUGUCCAAAAGUUGGACUCGGGCGCAGACAUACAGGAUGUUGGGCCUCUCAAGGUCUCGUUUGAGCUGGCAGCAGACAAGAAAGACUUCUCCUCCAAAAGCAAAUCAGGAAAGACGGCAUUGAUACCAGGGGCGUCUCCACGGAAAGCUCCUGCCCCUGACGUUUCUACUGGACCACAGAUUGAUGAGUGCGGUGUAGACUUUCCACCUAUCUUUGAGAGUGACCGCAGAAGAGACCCCUCGCCCUCAGCGGUUCCUCAAGUCCAGAAUAUCCUGAUGCCCCGAACUGGGCCUCAGUCCACUUCCCCCCGAAGCAGAGUCCAAAACUCGCCCCAUAAACUCUCUCAGAGCGCAGAGGAGGAAGAGAGUGACAUUUUGCUUCAUACUCUGCUCGUGGUGCCAGAUGGGAAGGAUUUCAGCUGCGCACCCAUGCAGCCCAAUGUCUACUUAAACUGUAAGCUGUUUGGAUCUGAGGAGACAACACGGUCUGUAGUCAGCUGGGGUCGUGUGCAGCCGACUUUCAACUUGGUUCAGGUUGCGCCAGUGACACUCAACUCCCGACUGUUGGAGAGGAUGAAAAAUAAUGUGAUGGUCAUAGAAGUUUGGCUCCGAGCAAGUACCUCUGAUAAUGAUAAACUGCUUGGGCUGGUCAAACUACCCCUUCACCAGUUCUACAUGUCAUUCAGAGACCCCAAGAUUUCCCAGCUGCUCCUGAAGGCUCAGUAUCCAGUGUUGGCAGUGGACAGCUACAUGCCGGUAGUGGACAUCUUCACAGGUGGGACUCGUGGGAGCCUGAGGGUGUGCCUGGCCAUGGGCCUGGCUCAGCAGAUCACAGCUCUCCAACGCAUGAGAGAUGAGGAACUGACCUCUGUAUCUCAGCUGCCCAGACCUGUCCACUUGCUGGACCACAGACCCACUCCAGACAUGAAGGCGAAUGAUGCUCCUCCUCCUGAGGCUCUGAGUGAGCAUGUGUUUCUGGUCAGGGUCGAGAGGGUGAAGGGACUGACGCCACUACAGUCCACUGUAUGGGGAGAAGCAGACUGCUACGUCCAGUACGCAUUUCCCGCUCAGGAGGAGGACGCCAGUGAGGACGUCGACCCACAUGUUGUGGAGAGCAGUGUAAAUCUGAAGUCAUGGCGAACUGCUACCACGCUGUGUGUGCCUGAUCCUGUGUUUGGACACUGCGAGACCCACGCGCUUUUGACACCCCCUGCUGUUCCAGUACAGAGACUGCUGCUCAGCUGUCUAGCCAGCCGGGGUCCCAGCAGCGGGGGAGGAAUCCAGUUUGAAGUGUGGUGCAGGUAUUACUACCCGAAUGUUCGAGAGCAGCUGGUAGCCAGAGGGGUUCUGCCUGUGGCCAAGCUGUGUGCCAUGGUGACGAUGCAGAGACGGGGCCAAACGGAGGCCCAGCUUUUCUCCCUCCCACUGAUACCAAGAACUGACCGGCCUGCCGAUGUCCAGCCUCAGCCCUCAGGGCUACUUGACGUGAGUGUCCAGUACAAGACACGGCCAGUGAGGAGUCGUGGUUUGAAGAGUGGCGCUGUGGCGUCCCGUGUGGUGAACCUGGUUGUGCAGGUGCACAGAGCCACUGGACUGCAGGCUGCAGCGCGAGCUCUAGCACUGCAGUACUACUCCGAGGUAGGGGUCAACUCCUUCGUCACCGUGCAGCUGUCCUUGCUGUCGGAGAGGGAGAGCCGGAGCACGCGUGUGGCCGGCAAGAGCUUCUGCCCAGACUUUGAGCAUCAUGCAGAGUUCUGCUGUCAGCUGCUGGUGCAGAGGGACACAGGCGAAAGUGUGAGUCUGGCCGAGCUGCUGCAGGAGGCUGCGGCAGUCUUCACCGUCUACAACAGAGACAUGCGCAAGGUGGAUACAUCAAGACCUAAGGACAGUGUUUUGGGCUCGGUGAGAAUUCGUCUAGCAGACCUGCUCCGUAAAAGAACAGGCAUAUCUGGCUGGUUCGGUCUUUCUCCUCCGCCGAACAUGUCGUCACAGUGCAGCCUAACCUCAGUCGGGGGUCUUGAGCUCUCCAUCCACUUUGCCCAUCACACAGACAGAGAGCGAGUCCUCAGUUCAGCCAGGCUCAUGGGAUGGGACGCUGAUGGAGACAGUGAAGAAGAGGAAGCUGAAGAGGAAAGAGACUUUUCUUUAGAGACAUGCCAGUCAAUGGUGUUUUCGAUCUCCAUGCCAAGAGCCUGGCUGCCUGUCCAUUGCCUGCUGCUGCCAGGUCACAGCGAGCUCCAGCGAUCUACCUACUGUUAUUACAGAUACAAACUGUAUGACCAGGAGGCCUUCUGCUCCGAGCUGAAACACCCAGCCCUGGGGGGGGGCGAGGAGGACUCUGACUCAAGCCUGGCCACAGUGGCAUUUCCAGGUAACUGGACCAUUGAGCUGAGGAGGAGUCGGCCCCUGCGCUGGUACCUGAGGGAGGAGAAGCUGGAGGUGCAGCUUUGGGUCUGCUUUGGGAAGGAGAAAAGAGUAAGGCCUCAUGACUCCGAUCGCCUCGUGGGAUCAGCCUUCAUGGAUCUUUCAGCGCUGGCAACGGCUUCAAAGCGCAAGCAGACAAUAAGUGGUGUGUACCCUUUGUUUAAGCGUUCUGCUGCUGAUCUUGGUGGAGCCGCACUAAGAGCCCACAUCACUGCCACCACAGUGUCUGCCCCACCCUCAGGCCCAGGCUUCACUGAGGAGGAGGACCAUCUCAACAACCCAGAAGAAGAAGUGGAGGAAAGAGAUGGACAGUCCUGUGGUCCGGACAGUGGGUCAAGACGGUCUCGCGUCUCUAGCAGACAGCACACCAAACCAGCCAUGAGCUCAGAGCCAGCAGCUCCAUCCCUUGGUACUGAGCUUAGCGAUGACGACUCCUUCACGGCCACUGUCAGUGUGGAGAGAGCCAUGCACCUCAGUUUGAAAGGAUGUCCUCUAGCUGAACGUAGUGGUGGUCUCCCCAGCUGCUGUGUCUCUUACGCCACAGCUGAUGCCUCAGGUACAGCGAGCACAGAUGUUGUGCGGGACAGUGACUGCCCUGUGUGGGACCACCAGCAGGAAUGCAGGCUUUCAAAGGAGCUGCUUGUGGAUCCGCAGCAGUCACUGGUAUUCAAAGUCUGGCACAAAGGAGCAGACAUGGAGCGAGUAAUAGGCUUCGCUUCAGUGGACCUGUCCCCACUUCUCUCAGGCUUUCAGUCCGUGUGUGGCUGGUACAACAUCACAGACUUCAGUGGACAGUGUCAGGGGCAGCUCAAAGUGUCCGUGUCUCCUCUGACGGGUGUGCAUGAGCUCCGGGCUCAGAGACAGGCUCUCUGUGAAAACACUACCACUGACUCCAGCUCUCUGUUUAGUGCCUUGCCACUGUAUUAUCAAACCACAGCUGUGUACAGCAACUUCCCCAGCCAUAUCAGUCGGUUUUCUGAGCAGAGGAUCAGCACUCCUCCGGAACACCUGGACAGACUGUUCUCCGCCAGGUCUAGUGUGACUGAUCGUCACGAUGAGCACAUGGACAACAUUCGCCGGUUCCAUCAUGCCCUGCAGGAGGCUGAGAGCGCCCCACUGCCAUCCUCUGCUGGAGAUGCCCACCCGUCCACCUCUGUCCUCUUCUCAGCCCUCAGGAAAAACCUCAGUGAACUGGAUGAUAUCCAAAAGUACUUCAGUCGCAAGUUGUCCACUCCAGUGUUUUCAGGGCUGGGCGAGCAGGGCCGAGGCUCCGGGCAGGAGGCGCACAGAGACUCUGAAACGGGCUCUGCUCAUCUUCUGCUCAAGUCCAACCAACUGGUGGGAGAAGUCAACAAAAUUAUUAGAGGUUUAAGGGAACAUCAGACUGAAGCAGCAUCUUCAAACGCUUGGCAGAACCCGUCCACACCUGCUCAAAAGGACGGUAAUGUUUUCUCUGCUGUGGAUCGUUUAACACUUGCGGAGUCGGAAAGCUGCGACACGGAGAUCUGCUCUCCGAAAGAGCUAGAGAGCAGAACGGAAGGCAUCUCACGCCUCACCACUCCUACUUCAGAAGAACCUCGCCAUUCCCCUGUCCCUGAGGCUGACGAGGUGCACCAGUCCUGUCCCUACCACCAGGGCAACCGGUCAAGUGAUGAAGAGGAUGGGCGUAAACAAGAGAAUGAAGCAUUAGAGGAGGAGGAAGAAGAAGAAGAAGAACAGUUUGAGGAGACGUUGGUAGAACCUCGACCGCUGAACGAGGUCACCUCGGUCACAGACAGGACCAGCCCCUGGACUAGUGUGCUGUCCGAUCCCGAUCUCAGCUCGUUGGAGAGUCUGGAGGUGGUGGAGCAGCCACUCUGGAACUGUCCCAGCAUUUCAGAGAAGAAGAGAGACGGUGCAGCUGCUCCCUCACAGCCUUUUACUGCUCGGUCUCCUGAUGACUCUGAGUUUUCUGAUGAUUUUGAAUCCGGUGAGGAUGCAGAGGCAGCUAGAGAUGUGCAGAGUGUUUGUGACGAGCGCAGUGAUGAACAGGAGACUUUUGCUGAUGGUCUGCAUGAGGAUUCUGCUCAGGGCACCAGGCAGAUAGCAGGUCAUGAGCAGCAUGACACGUCUGACUCUGAAGAAGACUCACCACAACCUUCCAGCAAGGCAUUUAGCACAGAGGCAAGCAGUGGUGAAGGUGAUGACGUGAAAACAAAACCCUCUGAAUCUGUAGAGAUUCCAAACUUCUUCCUUCCAUCUCACCACUUGGAGGCUUCUAUGAGAGCUUUGCGUUUCGCUCCUGUCUUCCCUUCAGCUUCCUCUGAUGCAGAGAAUACGCCGUCUGAUGUUCCGUAUCAUAGAGUGACUCGGCCGAGGCCCAACAUCCCUCCGUCAUCAGCGAAGAGAGAAGAAACCAAAAGAAUAGCGAAAAUAUUCGCUUCACAUUUUACAGAGGAACGUUAGCAGUUUUAUACUUUUCACUCUUGCCUUUUUAUGUUUGUGUAUAUUUGUUUAAUUAUUUGGUGUUUUUUUUAUUUAUUUAUUUGAUUUAAUAAUGUCCAAAGUUCAGACAUAGUAGCUGGGUAAUGUGAUGAAUAAGUAAGGCUGUUUGUUUGCGGUAUGAAUGUGUUAAUUGUAUUUUUCUAAAUAAAGAAAUUUGCGUUUGUAGGA